AUCCUCUUUGUCCCUCAGGGAAGAGCGAAAACCCUACUAAAAGUAAGGGCAGAAGUUUGCCCCUUUCUUUUGUCUCUCCCUUAUCCCUUUAUGCGUCUCAAAGGAAGAGCAACCAUGGAUUUCCUCCAAGAUCCUAGUACCACUCGCUUCAUAACGUUCUUCCUCAUACCUUUCUCUCUCCUCUUUGUACUUUCUUUGCGGCGGCGGCGGAAGCUCCCUCUUCCGCCGGGGCCGAGGCCGCUGCCGAUCAUCGGCAACAUGCUGAUGAUGGACCAGCUGACCCACCGCGGCCUCGCGAAGCUCGCCGAGAAGUAUGGCGGGCUCUGCCACCUCCGCCUCGGCUACCUCCACGCCUUCGCCGUGUCGACGCCCGACGUGGCCCGGCAGGUCCUCCAGGUGCAGGACAACGCCUUCUCCAACCGCCCGGCCACCAUCGCCAUCACCUACCUCACCUACGACCGCGCCGACAUGGCCUUCGCCCACUACGGCCCCUUCUGGCGCCAGAUGCGCAAGCUCUGCGUCAUGAAGCUGUUCAGCCGCAAGCGCGCCGAGUCCUGGGCCUCCGUCCGCGACGAGGUCGACACCACCCUCCGCGCCGCCUCCGACCGGAGAGGCUCCCCCGUCAACCUGGGCGAGCUCGUCUUCAACCUCACCAAGAACAUCAUCUUCCGGGCCGCUUUUGGAACCCACAACCAUGAGGACCAGGAUGAGUUCAUCGGAAUCCUCCAGGAGUUCUCGAAGCUCUUCGGCGCCUUCAACAUCGGUGACUUCAUCCCCUGGCUCAGCUGGAUGGACAUGCAGGGCAUCAACAAGAGGCUCAAGGCGGCGCGGGGGUCCCUCGACCGCUUCAUCGACAAGAUCCUCGACGAGCACCUGGCUAACCCCAAGGUGGCCGACGCCGAGGAUGCCGACAUGGUCGACGACAUGCUCGCCUUCCUUGGGGACUCCCCAGCCGGCAAAGGUGGGGCGGGUGGUGAUCUCCAGGGAUAUCUGAAGCUCACCAGGGAUAACAUCAAGGCCAUAAUCAUGGAUGUGAUGUUCGGUGGCACGGAGACGGUGGCCUCGGCGAUCGAGUGGGCCCUGGCGGAGCUAAUGAGGAAGCCGGAAGAGCUAAAGCGGGUGCAGCAAGAGCUGGCCGACGUGGUGGGACUCGACCGCAAGGUCCACGAGAGCGACCUCGACAAGCUCUCCUACCUCAAGUGCGCCAUCAAAGAGACCCUCCGCCUCCACCCUCCCAUCCCCCUCCUCCUCCACGAGACCGCCGAGGAUUGCGAGAUCGCCGGCUACGCCGUCCCGAAGAAAUCGAGAGUCAUGAUCAACGUCUGGGCCAUCGGCCGUGACAAGUCGGCGUGGAAGGAUGCCGAGACUUUCCGGCCGUCGAGGUUCACCCCCGACGGCGACAGUGCCGGGGUCGACUUCAGAGGGAACUACUUCGAGCUCCUCCCUUUCGGCUCGGGCCGGCGGUCGUGCCCGGGGAUGCAGCUGGGCCUGUAUGCGCUCGAGCUGGCCGUGGCGCAGCUCAUGCACUGCUUCAACUGGUCCCUGCCGGAUGGGAUGAAGCCGAGCGAGCUCGACAUGGGUGACGUGUUCGGGCUCACCGCACCGAGGGCGGUCCGGCUUGUCGCUGUCCCGACUCCAAGGCUCAAUUGUGCACUGUUCUGAUUCAUGGUGGGUGGUGGUGGAUGUUCCAAUAUUCUUCUCCUCCUUCUUCUUCUUCUUUGAUUUGUGUUUCUAUAUGAGGACGGAAACGAGGCUUGAAGGGUUCCGUGCAUCUAUGAUUUGCCCAUGCAAUAAAAAGUUUUCCAAAACCAAAGUUACUUUAUGAGAACUUCUGCUAUUUGAUAUUUGUUUCUGUUGCAUUUUAAACGUGCAAUUGUAUACAUCAGAAGGCAGAUGAAUAAUAAUUUCUCUCUGAA